AUGGUGGACUACUACGAGGUGCUGGGCGUGCCCCGGCAGGCCUCGUCUGAGGCCAUCAAGAAGGCCUACCGCAAGCUGGCGCUCAGGUGGCACCCGGACAAAAAUCCCGAGAACAAGGAGGAAGCGGAGAGGCGGUUCAAACAAGUGGCCGAGGCCUACGAGGUGUUGUCAGACGCCAAGAAACGGGAUGUCUACGACAGAUACGGAAAAGCAGGCGUGGAUGGCGACGGCGGCGGGCCCUUCGAGGACGCCUUCGACUUCGUCUUCACCUUCCGCGACCCAGCCGAGGUCUUCAGGGAGUUUUUCGGCGGCAGGGAUCCGUUUUCCUUUGACUUCUUCGGAGACCCCCUUGAGAACAUUUUUGGGAGUCGGAGAAGCUCCCGGAGAAGCAGAAGCGGAGGGUCCCUUUUCUCCACCUUCAGUGAAUUUCCAGCUUUUGGGAGUGGUUUUUCUUCUUUUAAUACGGGACUGACUUCUUUUGGUUCCAUGGGAAGUGGGGGCCUCUCAUCCUUCUCCAUGUCCUGUGGAAGUGGUGGGUCCGGCAACUUUAAAUCCAUGUCGACUUCGACCGAAAUAGUGAAUGGCAAAAAAGUCACCACCAAGAGAAUCAUCGAGAAUGGCCAAGAAAGAGUGGAAGUGGAAGAAGACGGAGAGUUAAAGUCCCUGAUAAUAAAUGGCAAAGAGCAGUUGCUGCGCAUUGACACCCAGUAAUUUCAGUCCACCGUUGAUGUAAAGGACAUUUAAAAGGUAGCAGGACAUUUUGUUUUGAAGAUUGUACGUGAACUCUACUUUCAGGGCAGCUGUACUCAAGAAUUUAUAAACAGUUCAUGCAAACGCCUAUUUGUC